AGCGAAUGGUGGGUAAACAAUGUAAACAUUGUAUUUCAUGAUUGAAAGUUGAGGGUAUAAUUGAAAUCAUUUGAGUUUAGUGAUUAACUGCUUCUAAUGUUCAUAGAUUAUAAUUAUACAAGUUUAGUUGGAUAUGUAUUUUAAUCUAAUUAAAUAUUAAACUUAAUGUAUAUAAAUAGCUUAGAAGUAUUUACAAGCAAAGGUUAAUGUCGUUAAUGUAAAAUAAAGAUCAAUAUAGAAAUGUAUUAUCUUGUUGGCAACAUUGGUUGUCUUUGUUCAAUUGAAAUGAAUUGAUUACUUACUGGUCGCUGAUAAAAAUAGCUUCUAAGUGUUGCUGAAUAAAUUAUCAAGUACUUUAAAUAUAAAGUGUGGUGAUUAUUUACGAUUCCUGUGGUUCCCGUAGUACGGUUAUCGUACAAAUCAGAAGUGACGAUCCUGGAAAAGAACCUACGUCGCCUGGAACCGAGGUAUUUGACCCCGAGUGAAGAUCAAACAAUGCUCCUCCUCAUUCUCAUCAUCAGUUCAGCAUCAGCGCAGACCUUCCAGCAGUUCUGUCUCCCCUUCCACAACAACUACUACCAACCAACCAUCAUCAAAGAAGGCGUCAAAGAUGUGCAAAAACUAGUACUUAACCGGAAUGAUAAUACUCUAUACUUCAUCUUUAACCGAGUUGGAGAUGCUGGAUAUAGUUUAGGAUAUGUAAAUCUAGAUACAAAGCUUGCAGGAGUAGUGGAUGGUAUUAGAAAUGCUUCAUCAGUAACUGUCGAUCAAGUUAAUAACGUGGUAUAUGCGGGUGGCAAAGAAGGUCUAUACAUUGUUAAAUCCAUAGAUGAUAGGAAAGAGAUUGAAAAAAUGCCAGUCUUUCACGAUAUUUAUGACAUUUUCUUUAAAGGUGUUCUCUAUUUUAGCACAAAAAGACGUGAAGCAUUUAGAGUUAGAAAUAACGUAGUUUAUAGACUUCCAGCGUUAGCAGGUGUGUCGGUUGAAAAAAUACUGUUAGAUGAUGAUAAUAACAUACUUUUUACUGCAAAUAGGAAGUUAUUUAGACUUAAAUUAGGUACCAGAGAUAUCGCAGUACAUGAAGAUUUACUUGUAGACGGUAUAACAGUGGAUGUAGACUUUAUACCUUUCGUGACGACAACUCAAGGUGUAUACGUGUAUAAUAAAUAUAAGUAUGCUUUAGAUCCGGUGUCAAACGAAAGGCUUAGGAGUCUGAAUGCGAUAACGUUUAGUAAAGACGAUGAAUUGAUAUAUGAAGCCGCGGGGAAUAUUUAUAAACUUACUAGGUGUCAGUGAUAUUUAUAUUUGUAUUUAUUAAAAAAGAUUUACUUUAAAA